AUGGCCACCGUUGCAGUUGCUUUGACAUUUGCACCACCAGAUAUUAGCUAUACACCAGAUGCUGAGAAGUUUGCUGCGAGAACACGACGCCGCCAGGAGACGGAACGACUUGAGAAAACACUUCCUGUCGGCUUUCCCCGGGAGCUUGUCUCUGAUCUUGUAUGGGACGGCCAAGAUCUUCCCAGCAAAUAUGACUGGACUUAUGAGCUGAGUGAUAAAGAAUUGGUCGAGAUUGAAGCAGCACUUAGGCAUUUCCAAGCAUUAAACAAACCCUUGGGGUUCAUUGACCAGGACACAUUCCCAUUGCCGACGCUUCAUUCAGCACUGCGUGAAGUAUCUUUUGAACUCCACCACGGCCACGGUUUCAAAGUCCUUAGAGGUCUACCGGUCAGCAAGCAUACACGAGAGGAGAAUAUUAUUAUAUAUGCUGGUGUCUCCUCACACAGUGCUGCUGUACGAGGCCGCCAAGACAAUCAGUUUGAAGGCAAGCCAGCAGAUGUUGUACUUAAUCACAUCAAAGACCUCAGCACAACAGCGGACAAGGACAAGAUCGGGGCUCCUGCCUACACCACGGACAAACAGGUCUUUCGAACCGACUCGGGUGACAUUGUCGCAUUAUUUGCUUUGAGCACAGCGGCCGAAGGUGGAGUCAGCAGACUGGCGAGCACCUGGCGAGUGUACAAUGAGCUCGCCAAAACAAGGCCAGACUUGAUUCGUACCCUUGCCGAGCCAUGGCCAGCUGAAAACUUUGGUAACAAAGGAGAACCAUACGAGAACAGGCCGUUGUUGUUCUACGAACCUGCAACAGCUAGUAGUCCUGAGCGUGUGCUGCUCCAAUAUGCUCGGCGGACCUUUACGGGCUUCGGAGCACCACCCCGUUCUGCCAACAUCCCAGCAAUCACAGAAGCACAAGCCGAAGCACUGGACGCUCUUCAUUUUCUGGGCGAGCGCUUCAAUGUUGGGCUAGACUUUCGCCAAGGUGAUGUCCAAUACCCCAACUCAACAACGUCACCUGGUAAGGCUGUGGCUACGGGAUCCAGAAUAUGCAUGGCCUACACCGGCUCCAUUGGCCGGAAGGUGGUGUAA